GAGCCCUGCGGCGCAUGCCCCCCGCUCCCCGGGGGCAGGGGAGGAAGCGCCGCCCGGCGCCCGCCCCUGCACCAGCUCGGCGGGCAGCGGCCGGAGCAGGCGGGAGCCGCUCCCCCAGCGCCCCCCCCCGGGGCCCGGCGGCAGGGACAUCUCCUUCAGGAAGGUGAAAUUCAAUGUGCCUGGCCAUUCUUGGGCACUGAAGGUACCGUGGCACUGUUCGUGGGUCAUCUACUUUGCAGUGAUCAGAGUCUUCAGCUGCUGUUCUCAAAUCCUUUUACCGAGGAUGGACGAGAGACCAGCCUGAAAAACAGUUCUUUUGUGGAUGUCUUCAUUGCCUGCUAGAAUGUUUCUUAUGAAUGCCUCUCCUUUGAUAGCUCUGCAGACAAAAUGGGAGUCCUUUGGACAGUCGAGGAGUUGUAGAUACCCUGUUUGCUUCUCUGAAUCCGAAGAGGAUGUUACUAGAGCAUCUGUAAGUGCAAAAGUUCAAAUGAUCAUAAACAACCUGCAAAGCCAAGAGUCUUCCCUGGGUAUGAACAAUGAUUAUGAUUGUAUUACACAGAAAAAACGAAAGGGAGAAAAAAGGGGUAACAGACUUGCAUCUAGUACCCGGAUGCUACAACAGCACACUAAAUAUUCCAAGUGUGAUUGCCCUGCUGAUUCUGAUGGCACAGAAGUGGAAGACAGUUCAGAGUUUGGGACCCUCCUGUUGGAUUCUGAUAGUGACGAUUCUGUUGACCGAGACAUAGAGGAAGCCAUUCAAGAGUACUUGAAAAAGAAAAGCAAGAGUAUCCAGCCAUUGCCAAACAAUGCAGAGUGUUCAGAUAGAAUAGAUGGAGACAAGAGGGUCAAAAGGGAACUCUCACAGAAUAAGGUGACUAAUAAUCUACUCCCUAUGAAAUUUAAAGCUGAAAUGGUGACUGAAGGUUUCAUUUCUGAUCACUUGGGAAUUUGUGAAAAGCUACGGUCUGCUUCACCUCUGAGCAUCAGUAGUGAUGACUCUUUUGAACAGAGCAUACAUGCGGAAAUUGUACAGUUCUUGAAUGAAAAGAAACAGCAAGAAACUAAUAAGUGUGUAAUUGUGGAGGAUAAAAAACUAGAACAGAGAGAAACUCAAGUGAAAUCCAUGUUUAAAUGUAACAAAGAAUCAGCUAACAAAGCAAAUCGCAGUACUUUAAAGCAAGGAUCCAAAGCACUCCUCUUAAGGCACCAGCCCAAACUAAGGAAGACCAAUGUACAAUCUAAAUGUUUGAAGUCUAAAAUCAGUGAAGAGCCUUGUGAUUUCAGGAAAACAAACCAUGCACAUUUUAAAAUGAUUGCUACUAGCCAACCCUGGGUUGUCAAGCAAAGUAAAGAAGUUGAAGACAAGAGAAAUUUCUGCAAAACCGGAGGGGAACAAAUAAUUGAAAGCACACACUUCUCUGAUUCAAGUAGCGAUGAUGGUAUCGAAGAAGCCAUUCAGCUUUAUCAGCUGGAGAAAAUCAAGAAAGAGGCGAAUCCUACAACAGACUUGCAAAAAGGUGUGGCAGACAUUUCUGCAAGCCUAACAAUCAGAUCAACAAAAUGUGCAUCGGCAGAAGACCCUAAAAAAUCUUUAAGCCGCAAGAGGAGAGAGAUUAGUACAAAAUCUACACAAUUAAAAGGCACUGGCAAUGAAUUUAACAAACUGUUUAAGCCAUUGAAAAAAGGCAGAAGUUGUACAUCUCCAGUAAACAAAAUUGCCAAAUGCGAGCUCACGUUGCAGGCUUCUUGCAGGUCAGACACGUCUGCAGAACUGAUGUGUGCGGAAGCCAUCCUUGACAUUUCCAAAACAAUCAUGCCACCCCAAAUGGGAGGUGAGGACAAAUCAUUUUCAGCAAACCCUUUCUUCUAUCCCCAAAACAUGCCUUCCUCCCACCGUGAAAGUGACAGCAGUCCUGUGGACAGCGAUGAUAGCAUAGAGCAGGAAAUCAGGGCUUUUUUGGCUCUCAAGGCACAGUCAGAAAGUCUUGUAACAAAACCUGAUAAUCUGUCCUACUCUGUCCAAAGGCCUUUGUCUUCUGAAUGUAACAGUGUAAUUGAUGGCCUUGAACCUUCCCUCCCCAAAACUUUAAAUCUAUCGUUGAGUCGUAAAAGGAGACUUAAAGGAGAAAGCAAAGUAGCAAAACAGAGCAUAGACAUUAAAACGGAAGGGAUGGAGAUGGGGUGUAUCCAAGCGGUUUAUGGUAAUAGCGCCAAAAUGCCAGUUUUGCAAGAUGGGAGUGGCCUGAGCAGUCAUAGAAAAGCCUCUGAAGCUGGAAGGUCUAGUAACAAAGAAACAAGUCAGCAGCUGAUCUCUACAGAAUUAACUGGGCUUGUUGAGAAGCAUGUAGCUUUAGACUUUGCAAACAGCUUGAUGCAGGUUCAGAGUAACACAAGAGAACUGAUAAAAAAUACAGUCCAGGCUCAAGAGAGAGAUGGUACAGAUGACAAGAGCAGUUCUCUGGACAGCGAUGAAGAUCUUGAUAGUGCUAUCAAAGACCUCUUAAGGUCCAAGAGGAAACUAAAGAAAAAGUCCAAAGACCAAAAAAUCCAAUGCAAGAAGAAAGUCAGAUUUGGUGACACAGAAACCCAGCUUUUGGAUGAACUCAGUAGCCUCCAGCAAAAGGACUGGAAAUGUAAAAGUCCUAUUCUGUUAAAAAGCUGCCUUUCAAAAUCACAUAAAGAUACUGAGGAAAAUGCAGUUAGAAGCCCACAGAACAAUGUAAAUGGCAGGCUGUCAAAGGGAAGAUCAGAAAGCAUAAAGGACUUACCGUUUGCAUUGCAGUUUAAAAAAGAAUGUAAACCUAAACCAGUUUGCAACCAGAAUAACCUGGAGGCAGCUAAAAAUAAAAGAUGUUCUGUGACUGCUACUUCAGCAACAGAUGACAGCAGCUCUGUGGAUAGCGACGACAGCAUUGAACAAGAAAUUAGGAAAUUUUUGGCAGAAAAGGCUAAAGACUCUGCAAGCAGUAUGGAAAUACGGAGGGUUAACUUAACUGCUGACUCAUUGAGAGUUACCAAACCACGUGCAAAUAAAGGAAAAGCAAAGCAUCAGCUAAUCGAAAAUGAGACUAACAUGUUAUCAGGUCAGAGUAAAAAAACUAAAAAAGUAACUCAGCAAACAGAUGAACUGAAAAGCUCUCUGAGAACUGUAGGAGAAAGUGCAAUAAUGCAUGAUAGUGGGGAAAGUGCAUCCUACGCAGAGAAUGUGUACCUCCAUACUACUCUGGAGUUGAAGGCUGAGCAAGGGACAGUGUGGACUAAAGGUGUAGCUGCUGGUGCUUUAUCUGUAAAAGGAAAUUCAUUAAGUAAAAAGGGUACUAUAGAGCCUAAGCAGAAAAGCCUUCCCUUGCCACACAGCAAAGUUGGUGGGUGUAAAUUGCAAAAUUACUUUAAUGCUAAGUCUAGUUCCAAAAGAAAUAGCACCUUUCAGUUAAAAAUUUCCAGCAAAUUUAUAGCUGGUCUAAAGUAUGCUCGUGAUAGAAAGAAAUCUGUGCUUUUAAACAAAAGGCAAAAUGUAGAACUUCCACUUCCCCAUAGCAGCACAUUAAGGACUGAGAUAACUCUCCCGAACGUUUGUGCACUUGAACAGAAAAGUGGAGCCUUGGUGCAAAAUGGGAACCUUGGUGGAGAGGGAAAGACAGGAAUAAACGAAGCAAAUUUUACUCAGAGCCUUAUAGUAGAGGAGACAAGUCUCCAUUUAGCAGAAACCUGUGAAAAACUGGAGGCUGCUUCUUUGCAUGUUGAAACUGAAGUGGAUGAUUACAGAAAGGAUAACACUUUGGGAGACAAGCAGAUGUACUGCAGCUCAGAUUCAAAUCCAGAUCCCCCAUUGCAGGAACCCAUCAUGGCAGCAGUAGAUGAGGACCAAGUUAGUGUAGGAACAUUUAUUUUUGAGAGCCAAAACACAUACACUAAGGAAGAGGAAGGAGAGAGCCAGCAAGACAGCAACAGGCAGGAAGAAAUUAAUGUACCCAACUCUACUUUGGAAGGGAAAAUGUUAGUCCAGCGAAGUAGGGAAGCUGAUUGUAAAGAGGACCAUGUUCAGGAAGUUUUAGACAGAAGUUCUGCAGAAUUUAGUGACAUAGCUGUAGAGGAAUGCACAAGUUCCCUGGUGAAAAGUGAGGUGUCAGAUUUCUUGUGGACAAGGAGGGGGAUCUUUCCUCAGCUUGCCGUAGCAGCUUCUGAAGACUGCUUUGCAGGAAGUGUUUUUGCUCUCUUGGGAGGUAGGCAGAGUUCUUUAAGAACCUCUAUUGAUCCUGGAUUGACAAUACAACCUUAUAUUAUUUUAUCUCCAACACAGCUAUGUAAAAAUCUUACUUUAAAAAUCCCGAAUGGAAGGAGAGAAUUCCAGGCAAAAAAUUGGAAACAAUGGAGGAAAUGAAGACAUGCCCUGAAGUCCUAAAAGAGAAGUGGUAAAUGAGAAAGCAGAAGGUUGAUUUUUUUUUCUAAUUGGGUUUUUCUUUGGAAGCCAUGUGAUAGAUAUUGAAAAUAUAAGUUCUUUGGGCGAAUUUCAGCCCUUGCUUUAUAAUACUUGUUCAACUCCAUUGACAGAUUAUAAAUGAAGGCAGAAUUUUGCCAGGUAUUUCUGUAUUUGAGAUCACCAAAUAUUGUGUGGUGUAAUAGUGGAACUACACCAUGGGCCUUCUCCAAAACUCUUUGAGGUCAAUGGGAACAACAAUAGGUUUUAGAUCAGGCACCAUAUAUUUGUAUUUGUUUAUUCUAUGUUCAUGCCUUUAUUAGACUUACUAUUCAGUUUCAUAUUUCAGGUGUUUCAUUAUUGCUACUCUGAAACCUGUCAUUAUUGAUCUUGUUAACCAGUAGCAAAGUAAUCUUGCCUUGCUUGUAUUUUUGAAAACUUAACCCUGUCUGCUUGAUUAAUUUGGUUUUAUAAGACAGUAUAAAAUGAUCCAAGUCAAAGUUACGUUUUCUUAAGAAAAUGUUAUGAAAAAUAUAGGUUGCAGUAUUACCUGGACACAUCUCAUCUAUUAUACCAAAUAUUAUUUUUAGGCAGCUGCUGGAAAUUUCUCCUAGCUUUUUUUUAUAUAUUACCGGUGUGUUGCACUGUUAAACUAGGAUAGUGUCUCAUCCACAAACAAAGUUCUUGAGAACUAUAGGUAGAAAUACAUUGCGAAGUUAGCACUGCAAUGGAGUGUGAUUGAUAUAUAAAUAACACAGUUUCAUUGGUUGUAUAACUGCAUUUGUUGCAAUAAAACUUUAGAAAAUAUUUCUCUAGGAUUCAUUCCCCGUGUUUGAAUAAUCCAUUAAGAAAUUAUAGUCUUGAGACAGGAAGGAAUAACAAAUAUUCUACAGCAAAUCAGUUAACAAUACUAUUUAAAGGGUUAUUAUCUUUGGGAAAACAUGGAUCUUGAGAUAUCCUGGUCAGAUUCUAAACAAUAUAGAAACAAAGAUUCAAAAAUUCAUUCAUCCUUUAGUACCAUGCAGUACAUGAACCAAGAGUUGAAAGGAUCACUUGUGAUUGAAGAAAAGGCUAUUAAGCAUAUGUUUAUCUUUGUUGUAAGCUAUGUUAACUGAACUGCCACUUAAUUAUAAGUAUAUGUUGACUGGAAGGGGUUCAGCAACCAUUUGUACCUGAACACUUGAAUAUCAUUUAACCAUAUUAGAUGUGUGUUAAUGGGUGUCUUUUUUUUUCUAAUAAAAGUUUA